AUGACUCUUUUCCUUGGCUUUGCCUUCCUCGCAGCUCUCCUGUCUCACAUUGGCUGCAGUAAUCAACGCCGAGGUCCCGCCGAGUCCAAUGCAAGAAGGUAUAACCGGAUCCAGCAUGGGCAGUGUACUUACACGUUCAUCCUUCCGGAACAGGAUGGGAACUGUCGCGAAAGCACCACUGAGCAAUACAACACAAAUGCUCUCCAAAGGGAUGCCCCCCACGUGGAACAGGAUUUCUCUUCCCAGAAACUGCAGCGCCUGGAGCAUGUGAUGGAAAAUUACACGCAGUGGUUGCAAAAACUUGAGAGCUACAUUGUGGAAAACAUGAAGUCAGAGAUGGCUCAGCUACAGCAACAUGCUGUCCAGAACCACACAGCUACCAUGCUGGAAAUAGGAACCAGUCUCCUCAGCCAGACUGCUGAACAGACAAGAAAACUCACAGAUGUCGAAACCCAGGUACUAAAUCAAACAUCCCGAUUAGAAAUUCAGCUGCUGGAAAAUUCAUUAUCUACUUACAAGCUGGAGAAACAACUGCUCCAACAGACACAUGAAAUCUUGAAAAUUCAUGAGAAAAACAGUUUACUGGAGCACAAAAUCCUUGAAAUGGAAGAAAGACACAAAGGGGAGCUGGACACUUUGAAGGAAGAGAAAGAGAACUUGCAAGGUUUGGUAUCCCGGCAAAGCUACAUCAUUCAGGAGCUGGAAAGGCAGCUAAGCAAGGCAACCACCAACAACAGCAUUCUUCAGAAACAGCAGCUGGAGCUGAUGGACACAGUUCACAGCUUGGUCAGCCUUUGUUCCAAGGAAGGAGUUCUGCUAAAGAAUGCAAAAAAAGAAGAUGACAAGCCAUUCAGAGACUGUGCCGAUGCUUACCAAGCUGGUUUUAACAAAAGUGGCGUCUACACUAUUUAUAUUAAUAAUAUAUCAGAACCUAAAAAGGUCUUCUGCAAUAUGGAAAUUGCAGGGGGAGGUUGGACAGUUAUACAACACCGAGAAGAUGGGAGUCUAGACUUCCAAAAAAACUGGAAAGAAUACAAAAUGGGCUUUGGUAGUCCCUCAGGAGAAUAUUGGCUGGGGAAUGAAUUUAUCUUUACGAUAACAAGUCAAAAGCACUAUUCACUAAGAAUUGAACUAAUGGACUGGGAAGGAAAUCGGGCUUAUUCACAAUACGAUAGGUUUUACAUAGGAAAUGAAAAGCAGAAUUACAGGCUGUAUCUGAAGGGUCACUCAGGAACAGCAGGAAAGCAGAGCAGCCUUAUCUUGCAUGGGGCUGACUUCAGUACCAAAGAUGCUGACAAUGACAACUGCAUGUGCAAGUGUGCCCUUAUGCUCACAGGAGGGUGGUGGUUUGAUGCCUGUGGGCCUUCCAAUCUCAAUGGAAUGUUCUACUCAGCUGGACAGCACCAUGGAAAAAUAAAUGGAAUCAAAUGGCAUUACUUCAAAGGCCCCAGUUAUUCAUUACGGUCCACAGCUAUGAUGAUCCGGCCAUUAGACUUUUAAACACAUCAAGUGAAUGCAGGAGCAACGUCCAGUAUAACUACCACGUUCUAGAGAACUUCUUACACAACCUUCAGAAAUAGAAGGUGGGAACUUCCUGAAAGCAUCAGAUGGCAGCUAUACUCGGAUCUCGUAGCACAGGCGGCCACCAAACACACCAGGCGUGGAUCAAGUAGCAGCUGCUUUGCCUGUAAGAAGAGGGCUAAUAUGGCUAUUCUGUGGACAACAUUGCAGUUCAGUUGCCACAAAUGAGUCUAAUAUCUAUCAGUGGAGUCUUUUUUUUUAACUUUGUGCAAAAGACAUCAAAAUUACCAGACAACACAGAUACAAUAUGAAAAUUGUGUAAAGCAUAAAAUAAAUCAUGAUCAAUGAGAAAAUACUUUUCAGCAAUGAAAAUGAUGUCGAGUCUAUGCAAAUGCACAAAUAUUUAUUUUAAUUGGUACACAUGCCUUAAAAAUGAAGAAGACAGCCAUGGUUGCCUGUUAUCAGUAAAGAAAAAUUAGAUGGAUAAAUUCUCUUCAACAUAGGAUCGAUAUGGUAUGUCAGAGCAAUUUUUCAUUAAGCCCUUUUCAAAUAUGAAACAUGCCCUGUAAUAAAGAGACGGUGAGUCAUCUCAGACAGAGAAUGAUAAGAGCAAUAUUCAGAGAGUUGUCAUUUGCCCUGCGUUGCCCGAGUGAAGUAAAUGUAGGUAAUCCAGGUACUUGGCAUAAUCCUUCAACUAGGAAGUAAGCAAAGAUUUUUCUUUCUGAUGGCUACAGCUUUGGCAUGCAUCAAAACCAG